AAGACCCAAGUCCCUCCACACUCUCCCAAUGCAUUUCCAAUCUGUGUGCCGUCUCUCCGCAGCCAUUCACUUGUCUCUCCUCGCCACAACCUACUUCGGGAAUCCUUUACAUUUCAUUACAAGUUAGUAUCAGACAGGUGCUCCGGUUGAGGUGUACAAGAGAAGCGUUGCUCGAUCUACCACCGUCCGGUACUUUAGGAAGUCGCGUCCAGCGGUCCAUAACAUCCCUCGUGACUCACCGGAAGAAAUAGGGUGUUCUUUUGCGUUUUAACGAUCACGUUGCACGGUGCAUGGGCAUGCACGAAACUGUUGCGUUUUGGGUAAUUUUGUCCAGUGACUUGAGAUACAGUUUUGGUGUCGACUGUUAGGGAAGUUUGUAGUGGAUUGUUUUGUAAGGGAUGGAGAUGACAGUUUGAGUUGUGAUAGAUAAGAGUGAUGCUUGUUUUCAGAGGAUUAUACCUACUUUUUUUGGAUAAGUGAGAAAGAUAAUGAUCACAAGAUAUGUUCACCGCGUCACUUCUCCUCAAAGAAAGUACUUCUACGUCUUUGUCAACGUUGGUUGAGAAAGCGUUACGAAAGAAACCGCCCUUCCCCGAGUACGAGCUCCAGCUGAACGUCUCCCAGCUCAUCCUCCACCAAAGGACCAACCCUGAGAAACACCCAAGGCUCCUUCAACAAGACGAAGGCUUCGAAUCCGACAUAGACAGCCUGUCCAUCGUUUCCUCAGAUGACAGUUUCACCUCCGGCAAUGCCGCUGAAACCUGCGUCAAAACGCAAGAGACGGACAGCGCCAACGGCUCGGCCAGCUCUGAUUCCGACACUGACACACCCCCACUCCCCACCCCUCAAGAAGAAAGUUUCCACGACAACGAUAUUUACGUAAAAACGAAAAACGAAACCAAGACAGAGUUCACGAGAGAGAACUACAAUCUAGUCAACUGUAUAUGUUAUACCGAUGUAAAAUGUACUGAAAUUCUAGUGUUUGUCAUAGAAAGCAACGCCCUAGUGUUCAAAUUCGACAACAUCGCCUUUCUGCAGAAAUUCCAUACGAAAUUUGCCGCCUUGAAAGCGGUGAACAACCAGGUUGUCUACAACAAAAAUAACAAUACGAACAAAAACUUCAACCUGCUACAAAAAACCGACAGUAAUGGCGUUACACACAUAGAGAUAACAAGGGAACCUCCAAAAUCUGUCUACGUGGAGGAAGGGCCAAGCAGUAUAAUCAGCUUAAACACCCCCGAGGACAAUUUGAACAAGUUGAUCAAGAGUUCCGUCCAACACAUCAAAAGUUUGAACGAAUAUAACAGCACCAAUACCAUCAGCAGACGUUUCAAGCAAACCAAUUUCGAAGACUUGGAAAAGUCCAAGGAUAAAUCAGCUUCUGCUGAUGAUCUCCUAGACUUGAACGAAGCCGAAGACUCAGUCAUAGAAGUCAGGUCAAGAAAUCACCUACGAAAAGUGUGGAAUUCCAGUGAGAAUAUCCUGGGAACUCUUCCACAAAGGCCUGAGAGGAAAAAGAAAUCAAAACCGAAGGCACCACUACCACCAGAUGUUGAGAUAAAACAGGAUAUCCUGAGUGGCCAGUACGUGAAAGUCAGCGUCAAAAACGACAAAACUGAGCCUUCAAGAAUGAUAAUAAGGGGACAGGUGAAGGAACCACACCCUAAAAAGUUUCAAAACUACGGUAUCCCCCCGGUCAAACCAUCCAUAAACACCUUGGUCAAAAACAAGGCAGCGCAAAUCCUGAAGUACGCCCCGAAAAAAUUCGAAACCUCCACGCUCACCAGACACAAAACGCCACCACAAGACACGUGGACCAACUCGAUACCAAGGUUCUUCAAGCAGCCUAGGAGUAGAAGCGAGACCAGGGUGGCUCAGCCUAUGGCUUAUAGAUAUAUAGAUACAACGGUCAACUAUCCGGUUACUUACGUACCAGUAGCUACAGCCAAUGGUAGAGCUUUGAAAUCACACGAAAUCCCUUACAGCUUUGGCUCUUCUAGCUACAAAACGAACACUUUAGGACCUUCUGCGAAUAUUGGAAAUAGACUGUUUGGUCUUUCACCAAAAUUGAGGGAUUUCAACCCCCAACCUCAAGAUUCUAUAGACGGAAAAUGGAGGACAAGUGAUUCUCACAGGCAAAACGGAGAUGGUUAUUUGAAGAGUGUGAUAAAAAAAGACGAGACCAAGAGGAAAAAUGAGAAAAAAGUUACUUUCAGUGCGUACACUACAGUGCAAGUGGUGUGAAUUUAGUUUCAUCACUGUUGGUUUCGUUGUACUUAAAGUUUACUACCAUUACAUCCUGAAUUUUUGUUGCUUAUCGAUUUUGUAUUUAUAGAUUUUUUAUUCAAGGUUCAUAAGACUAAUCUUUAUCUAUUUGUUCUCUUUUUCGUCAUUAUAAGAAUCGGUAUUGUUUCUAGACAAUACUCGAUUUCCUUCAAGACUCUUAGAAUUUCACAUUUCACUCUCUGAAAUAUGAAUUUUGCUCAACAAAAAAAAAUCUAUUCAAAUAAAAAAAUCUCUGUUACGAAGAAUUUUCCAUUCAUUGUAUGUUGAUUCUGUACCAAAAAAUUAUGGAAAUCUCGAAAAAAAUUCAUGUAAAUAAGAAGUGUCACCUUAUUAUUAACAAAUAUAACAAGGAGCGAAUUGAUAAUAAUAACAUUUCCAUGUAUAUUCUUUUUUAUCUGUAUAUAUGUAUCAUUUUAUUCAGUUUGCGUUCAAUUCUAUUAAUAAAAAUGUGAUUGGAA